AUGUCCUGUUUAGACGGUUAUAAUUUAAUGAUAUGUUCGAAAUAUUUCACUUCAAUUACCGAUUUCAAAACCGUACAAAUGGUCUGCAAAAAGUUUCGUCAAACAACGAUGAAGUUCCAUUACAACCCAAUACCACUUACACACAAAACCCAUUCGAUUUAUUUUUCUAAAAUAGAGACGUUGGUACUGUACAGCCCAGAAGAUGACAUAUUAGAUGAUCUCACCUUCUUUGCAAGAAAAUAUUUAUAUCAAGUAACAUAUGACAAAGUCGCAACAUUAAAAGGUAAUAACAUCUUCUGUAACGUUUUAUACACCAUUUCAGAUCGAUCAAAAUAUGGAGAUGUUCCUUCAAACAUGGUAACCGAAAUCGACAAACAAGUUUAUACAAAUAGUGAACUGACCUCUCUUAAACUACCUAAUGUGUUGACUGCCAUUGGAGACUAUGCAUUCUCUGGAUCAACACAACUCAAAGAACUUGAUAUUCCACCAUGUGUGGUUACGAUAGGAAAAUACUGCUUCUUUAACUGUUUUGCAAUUGAAGAGGUCGUCAUUCCAAAAGGCAUAAAAACACUUUUUGAGUACACGUUUCAUCAAUGUAAAUUGUUGAAAAAGAUUACAUUAAAUGAAGGUAUUUGUACAAUAGGAAGAGGGUGUUUUUCAUAUUGUGAGAGUUUAAAUAAUGUCAAAAUACCAGAGAGUGUAACAGAGAUAGAUCACAUGGCCUUUGCGAGUUGUUAUCUUCUUGAAAAUGUCGAGUUGAAUGAGAAUAAAAUCAAAUUUGGAUUUUCGGUAAACAUCCUCUUAUUAUCAAAGACGUUUUCACUGGGUAUAAAAAUAUUUUUUGUGUCUGUGUGUUUCAUAAACUAUAUAAAGAGUUAUAAUUUUAUUAUAAAUUUACCAUUUAAAAAACAAUUAAUUUUUAAAAUACAUAGAACCACGGACAAACACUAUAGAACAAAUACUUUUGUUAUAAAUUAA